GGUUGUGUGCAGCUGGCGGCGGCUGCCUUGUCCUGCAGAGCCGCUGAGGGCUGAGAAAGGGGGAGGGAGUGGAAGAGACUUUCCAGUAAGUGCCCAGCACUUUCCCUGCUCGCAGGCAACGUCUCGCGUUCCCCGGAGAUGAAGGUCUUGACUUGGUGCCGCCCUCCCCUGCCCCGCUGAGUGCCAGCCAGCGAGCGGGGGGCACAGGGCUGCCCCUAGCCCACGCGGUGGCUGGCGGCCUCGCCUCGGGUGGGAGGAUGUGGUGAGAGGAUGGGGCGUUCUGCCGCCGGCGGCUCACCAUGGCCAGGGAGGACUCGGUGAAGUGCCUGCGCAGCCUGCUCUACGCCCUCAAUCUGCUCUUCUGGUUGAUGUCCAUCAGUGUGUUGGGUGUUUCUGCUUGGAUGAGGGACUACCUGAAUAAUGUCCUCACUUUAACUGCAGAAACAAGAGUGGAGGAGGCUGUCAUUUUGACUUAUUUUCCUGUGGUCCAUCCAGUCAUGAUUGCAGUCUGCUGUUUCCUUAUCAUUGUGGGGAUGUUGGGGUACUGUGGAACAGUGAAAAGAAACCUCUUGCUUCUUGUAUGGUAUUUUGGAAGUUUGCUUGUGAUAUUCUGUGUUGAACUGGCCUGCGGGGUUUGGACCUAUGAGCAGGAAAUUACGGUCCCAGUACAAUGGUCAGAUAUGGUCACUUUAAAAGCCAGGAUGACCAACUAUGGCUUACCUAGAUACCAGUGGCUUACUCAUGCUUGGAAUUUCUUUCAGAGGGAGUUUAAGUGCUGUGGAGUGGUGUACUUCACUGAUUGGCUGGAAAUGACAGAGAUGGACUGGCCUCCUGACUCCUGUUGUGUUAGAGAGUUCCCGGGAUGCUCCAAGCAGGCACAUCACGAGGACCUUAGUGAUCUUUAUCAAGAGGGUUGUGGUAAAAAAAUGUACACUUUCUUGAGAGGAACGAAACAAUUGCAAGUUCUGCGAUUUCUAGGAAUCUCUAUCGGAGUUACACAGAUUCUGGCUAUGAUCCUCACUAUUACUUUGCUGUGGGCUCUAUAUUAUGACAGAAGGGAUCCUGGGACAGAUCAAAUGAUGUCCUUGAAGAAUGACACCUCACAACACCUGUCAUGUCAUUCAGUCGAGCUGCUGAAACCCAGCCUGACAAGGAUCUUUGAACAUACCUCUAUGGCAAACAGCUUUAACACACACUUCGAAAUGGAGGAAUUGUAGGAGAUACAAAUGAAUGUGUGAAGUCACAAAGUUAUGGGGCUUUUGUUUUGAUUUUGUUUUUCCCCUGUUCUGUCUCCUGCAUUUUUAAGUAUACCUUUCUGUUUCAGAAAAUGGCUAAUGAACAGACAUGGAGAUAGCUCCAUGGAAGGACAGUUGAUCAAAGAUCUGUCUCUCAGCUUCUUCGAGCUAUGAAACCAUUGUUUUGCAUAUAAAGCACCAUUUACUGGAUGCAGCAAUAUUUAGCUCAUCCACAAGAUGUACAGCAUAAUAAGACACUGAUAUCUACACAAGUAGAUAGACACUACUAAUGACACUUUAAAAAAAAAGAAAGCAUCAUAGAAAGUAGAAAGAUAACGGUCUUCCAUAGAAAUGUCUAUAUUUGAGAGGCAAACAAAAUGGACUUUUGAACACGUCUACUAAACCAUUGGGAAAAUGUUCAGGGAUAUAUGUGAAUAUAAAUAUAUGGGGUUUUUUGUGUGUGUGUAUAUAUAGUAGAGCUACAGUUCAAGUAAAUGGGUUUAAAAAUGGCAACAUCUGUAAAAAGAGUAAAAUUUUCUUUUCUUUUUUCUUUUUUUUAACAGCACCUUUAUUUUAGCUGUUUCAUUUAAAGAUCGUCUAAAAACCUCUAUUUUUAUCCUAAGAUGAUUGUUUAAUUUUUAAAUUAAAAUACGUUAAACAGAGGUUUUAAAAACCAUGAAUAUGAUCAGUAUACUUUAUUAUUCUAAAUGUGACCUAAUAUGUAGAAAAUGUUUUUCAAAACAGUAUGUUCUUUGGACUGGAUAAAUUUAGUAAAAAUAAAACAUAUUUUCUUUCCAAACUAGGGAUCAGUAUGAGAGUAGCAAAUCUUUAUAGAUAGACCCCUCUUUCUCCUCCUCCUCCUUUCUGCCCUCCAGAUAAAAAUGAAAGACUAUAAGGAAAUCAAUGAUCUACUGGUUUAUUGUUCUGGAUGCAAUUGCAAUAAAUGUAAUGUAAGAGUAAAGAAGGAGAAAUUUCACUCUAGCCUUUUCUUCAUUGAAAGUUCGCUGUUGACUCAAAUUGCCAAAUGGCAACAGAGUUAAAAUCUAUUUAUUGAGGUGGGAAAAGUGCAUUUUACUGUAUUUUUAUGUAAAUGUUUAUUUCAAAGGAUUAUUUUUUACAGUCAGACAAGUUCUUGAAAAAUGUGUUUAUUCCAGUAACAGUGCUUUGUGACAAAUGGGGUUUUUACACAGUAUUGAAAUUUUAAAGUUUUUUCCACUUGUUUUGGAACUGUGUAGGAAGAAAAAAAAAGAGGUGCUCUAUGGCAGCCAAUAAAAUCACUACUGCCCAGAA